AUGUACCAUGUGGUAGCUGUGAUUUCCCUGGUUAAUGGUCUGCUCAGCAUACUUGUCCGCGAGAACAGCAUUCUUGAGGUGUACCUGUACGAGCUAUACAUCGGUGGUGUGGGAGUCAACUGCGGCUACCAGAACAAGCCAGAACUGACGCGUAAUCGCUUCCUCGAGGUCAAUCCUUUCCAUAAGGGACGGCUGUACUCGACUGGGGACCUGGCUCGUUUUAUAACACCGAAAAAGCUGAACAUGGUGGGCCGCGUCGACUAUCAAGUCAAGGUGCGAGGGUACCGAAUUGAACUUGGGGAUGUUGCGUCGGCUAUAACCGAACACGAGGACGUUUCCGCUGCUGUAGUUGUCAGCCGGAAUGAUCAACUUGUCGCCUACUAUGUGCUCCAGAACAGGGAUGAAAGUAGGUCAUCCACAUCGUCGCUGGGCGGCCUUCUUCAUGUAUGGCUGUCGAAACGCCGACCAUCGCAUAUGAUACCUGCAUUUUUCGUCGAAAUGGAAUACUUUCCAAUGACUCCCAAUGGCAAAAUCGAUCGAAAGGCGUUGCCAGAUCCUACUUCAGUGGGAGCAACGAGAGUGGCAUCGAACAAGCCUGAGACAGACACUGAGCAGCGUGUACUGACCGUUUGGGUGCGGGUGCUUGGUCACGACCGCAUCGGAAUCAAUGACAGCUUUUACCAGGUAGGUUGCAAUUCCAUCCGGCUUAUUCGCGUUAAGAAGGAGCUCGAAAAAGCAUUCAAGAGGCGUGUGCUGGCGGCGAAAUUAUUCGAACACUUCACUGUCAAGACCUUGGCGGCUUAUCUUGAAGGAACUAGUUCAAGUGGCACCACAGAAAAAGAGGUCCCGCCAGUCCAAUCGCUAUUGAGGCAACAGAAAUACCACGACGGAAGCAAUCAUGACCUGAACAGGGGGCAUGAAAAUACACACCGCGAGGAUAUUGCCAUAGUCUCCAUGGCAUGUAGACUACCAGGUAGUAUCACCAACCCAGAGGAGCACUGGGAGCUACUCGAAACUGGUGGCGACGCAAUUACCGAUAUUCCCAAAGCCCGUUGGGAUGCCAACCAGUUAUAUGAUGCUGACCCAGACUCACCUGGUAGGUCUUAUUGUCGCGAAGGUGGUUUCAUCGACAUCCAAUCAUUCGACGCGUCAUUCUUUGGAGUGUCACCUCGAGAGGCCCAAGCUAUGGACCCAGCGCAGCAGGUCAUGCUGGAAACAUGCUGGGAAGGCCUCGAACGUGCCGGAUAUCCCAUGCAACGACUGUGUGGCAGCCAGACGGGGGUUUUCAUCGGCCAUGCUCCUGUUGCUGCUCAUAAUUCCUCCACCCCAGGUCAGAGGGGGCUCAAUGGGUACACAGUAACCGGCUCACAUAGUGCUAUCCUUUCCGGCCGUGUAUCGUACUUUCUAGGCCUAGAAGGCCCGUCGCUUACGGUCGAUACGGCAUGCUCAUCAUCACUUGUCCCCACUCACUUAGCAUGCACAGCUCUACAAAACGGGGAGUGCGAAAUAGCGCUGGCCGGCGGUGUCACGAUCAUGCUCUCCCCAGAUCUUCACGUAGAGUUUAGUCGGCUUGGGGGUUUAUCGCGUGAUGGGCGCUGUCGGGCAUUUGCAGCAGAUGCUGAAGGUACAGGAUUCAGCGACGGUGCCACCGUGAUAGUGUUGAAGAGACUGUCCGAUGCCCAGCGUGAUGGCGAUACGAUUCAUGCCAUCAUACGCGGCAGUGUUGUCAACCACGGCGGACGAAGCGCCGCCAGCCUCACCACCCCCAGCGGCCCCGCCCAGGAGCGCCUGAUACGUACGGCUCUUCACAGGUCUGGAUUGACGCCGAACGAAAUCAAUUACAUCGAAGCUCAUGGGACCGCAACGAAGCUAGGAGACCCAAUCGAAGGCACAGCUCUGGCCGAGGUUUUUCGCGGCCGGCCCCCUUCGAAGGAGCCCCUGUUAGUAGGCUCGUCAAAGUCUAACAUCGGCCAUACUCAGGCUGCAGCUGGCUUGGCUGGUGUGCUGAAGGUUGUGCUCGCCAUGCAGCAUAGCAUGCUUCCUCGAACUCUACAUAUCAAUGAGCCAACUCCACUAGUCGACUGGAAGAAUUCUAACAUGGGGCUUGUAUUGGAGAAUCGACCAUGUCCACCCGCUUCUCAGAAGCCACGUCGCGCUGGAGUUAGCGCGUUUGGCCUCGGAGGAACAAAUGCCCACAUUAGUAUUGAAGAGGCACCACAGCCGUCAACGAAUGCCGAUCAGAGACAGCAGCAUCCCGUUUCCCACGCUCAACUACCAUUCCUGAUAUCAGGUAAGACGGAUAUAGCGUUGCGCCAGCAAGCUGGGAAGUUGUAUUGGCACAUAAAAGCCAUGAGUUCAAGUGAUGACGGCCAAUGCCUCGAGGACAUAUCGUACUCGCUCGCAACGACGCGCUCACAUCAUUGUCGUCGCUUGGCAUUGAUAGCACAAGAUAGAAGGGAUCUACUAGAGAAACUAGCUUUCUGUUCAGCUGAUACUCCUAACAAUGUGCCGCCUCAGUCCGGUAUAUUGAGUAAUACGGGUGGCAACCAUGACCAUGAGCCGCGCCUAGCGAUGCUGUUUACCGGCCAGGGAAGCCAGCGACCGGGCAUGGGCAGAAACCUUUACCGCAUGUUUCCCAAAUUCCAAGAAUCCCUGGACGACAUCGCUGCGCACUUUUUCAACCUGGAACCGCCGCUUCUUGAUGUAAUGUGGGCUGAUCAUGGCAGCGAUCUGGCUGGGCUAUUAAGUCGCACAGAUUACGCUCAGCCUGCCAUUUUCGCACUGGAGGUCGCACUAUGGCGGCUGUGGGAAAGCUGGGGUGUUUAUCCACUAGCAGUACUAGGUCACAGCGUGGGUGAAAUUGCAGCCAUUCAUGCUGCCGGUGUCUUGGGCCUGUCUGAUGCCUGUCGCCUCGUAGGAGCGCGUGGUCGGCUCAUGCAAGCCCUCAGAACACGACAAGGUGGCAUGGUGGUCCUGGAGGCCACCGCCAAAGAGGCCAUCGGAGUCAUAUCUGAAUUAGGUCUGUCUAACAAGGUCGACGUUGCUGGUCACAACACGCCAACGCAGACUGUCAUCUCUGGUGAUGUUGAUGCUCUUGGGUGUGUAUCAGCUCAUUUCGCAAACGACCUUGGCUGCCGGGUCAAGACGCUGGAUGUGUCGCACGCAUUCCACUCGUUCCAUAUGGAUGGAAUGCUUCCCAUGUUUCGAGCCGUGAUCGAGACCUUACGAUUCCACCCACCCAAGCUUUCAGUUGUCAGUAGCGUCACUGGCAAAUUAGCGCAUGCAGGGCAGCUGGAACAACCAGAAUACUGGGUCCAACAGGUACGUAUGGCUGUUCGCUUCAGCGAAGGCACUCAGGUGCUCUACGAUGAAAUAGGUAUCAACACAUUCCUUGAGUUGGGUGCUCGACCAGUUUUACUUGGCCUGGCUGCAACUUGUCUUACGGAAAGCGGUGAAGACGACAACAUCCCGCUUGUCUUUUUACCGUCUCUAAAGGCUGAAACAGAAGAUGAUAUCAUUACCAUGCAACGCAGCCUUGCUGGACUUCACGUUCAAAGUGUGCCUGUCGAUUGGCUUACCUACUUCAAACCAUUCGCCUGCCGACGGGUUCAGUUGCCAACAUAUAGCUUUCAGCGGGUGCAUGUCAACUCAGUUGGACCGUCAAGAUCAGUAACGACUAGUGCCGCGAGGGUUUCUGCUAUUGAAUGCAAAAAUAGACAAUGCGCAAAUGGUGAUCUUCCUAGCUGUGAUAACCGGUUUCAGUUCGAAAUCAGAUGGCAAUACAUUGAUAGGGGACAACCAGCAACUGAUGCCGGCGGUACCUCCUGGGGUCUAUUAUGUGCAGGUGGAGACCCUAGCUCGACAUCAAAAGUUAAAUUAGCCCUAGUACAGGCCGGUGUCCGGUUUGUUGAGGUCCAGAAACUUGAGGACUGCAAACACUUAGACGGGUUGUUAUGCCUCUGGAAUCAGUCCUCCAACCCCGAUAUUCCCUUUGAGGCUAAUACCUUCAUUGCGAAAGCUCUAAGCCAGUUACAGUCUGCAGCUAGGUUGACCUUCAUGCCGUCCUUAAUUUGGGUAACUCAUAAUGCGGCUAGUAUCAGUGCCAAGGGCGCUUAUACUAAUGGCACCAUAAGCAAUGGAUUGAACAGGGAAGAAUGCAAGCGAAGUGGCCUAAGCGCCGCUCCACUAUGGGGACUGAUGCGUACCGCGAGAACGGAGCAUCCUGAACUACGGCUCCGCCUGAUCGAUUUAGACGAGAGACAAGAGUCUCUCAACAACCUGGCAGCCGUGCUAGGGCUAUCAGAAGAGGAACCCGAAUGCGCCGUGAGAAGCGGUAAAAUCUUUGUGCCCCGGAUAGUCCGCCCAGAUGUGCCACAGGCGGUUGCAGCGCAACACCAACAACCUCUUAUGCAACAAAACGGCGCAGUGUUGUUAACUGGUGGCAUGGGUGGAAUUGGUAAGCAAGUGGCCAAAUGGCUAGUUUCCACUCACUAUGUCCGUGACUUGGUUCUUAUAUCUCGUCGAGGCAUGGACGCUCCCGGUGCAGAGACAUUCGUUAAACAACUAAGUCAGUUGGGCGCUACAGCUAGCGUGAUUGCUUGCGAUGUUGGUGACUUCAAUAGUUUGAAGUCGGCAUUGGCGAUCUUCAACCAGGAUCGCCCACUCCUUGGCGUUAUUCAUACGGCCGGCGUGGUUGACAAUGGUGUCCUCUCCACCAUGACCGCCCAGCGCUGUGCUACAACGUUUCGACCAAAAGUGAAUGGUGCAUGGAAUUUGCACCUGCUUACCCAACAUAUGAAGUUGGACUUCUUCAUGAUGUUCUCGUCGAUUUCUGGUGUCAUGGGAAUGCCUGGUCUUGGGAAUUACGCCGCUGCCAACACCUUUCUUGAUGCACUCGCAUAUUGGCGUCAGGCUCAGCAUUUUCCGGCCACUUCUGUCGCGUAUGGUGUUUGGGCUGGGGAUGGGAUGGCCUUGGAGCUGACAGGAAGAACGACCCUUGCACAUCUAGCUAAAUUUGGCCUCGACGCACUCAUUCCUGAGGAUGGGCUAAAGUUACUAUGGCAGGCACUUAGCAGUGCUCGUCCGCUUACCGUGGGUGCAGCACUCGAUCUUGAACGUCUGCGAGCAUAUUUCCUGGGGGAUGGUGUCCUAGACGGAGGCGAGGUUCCACCAUUAUAUCGCUUGUUGUUGCAACCGCAAGAGGGCUAUGAAUGUAGAGGUAUGGGGAGCAACACAACACAAAACACAGAAGGCAGGGAUUUGCUCCAGGUACUGAGCAUAGCGGACCCUAGUCAGCAUGCGGCCACUGUGUUACAUAUGGUUCGAGAGACGGUAGCCAACGCAUUGGGAUACGCGUCAGCCGAGGAGGUGGAUGUGAACGUGCGACUACAGGAUAUUGGUUUCGACUCAUUGACAGCCGUGCUAAUGCGGAACCAGCUGGCCAAGUUAACAAAACUCAAAACACUCUCUGCCAGCUCAAUUACAUGGAACUAUCCAAAUUUGAGAGCGCUCAGUACGUUUUUGUUGACCCAGAUACAAUCACAGAUGCAUGGACAGAAUGACAGGCCAGGUAUAGCUGCUCCGGAGAAAAAAGGAUUAAAUGGCACUGCACACACACCAGGAACCACACUCGACAUGUCAGUAGCUAACAGCGGGUGCCUUGAGCCUUGCUUUGCAUUCGAUAAUAAAGGAGACAUUCAACGACCUGAUGCUGUCUUUAUAACUGGCGCCACUGGGUUCGUCGGAUCAUUUAUCCUGAGUGAGCUCCUUCAGCUGGGCAUUCAAGCUCACUGUCUCGUCCGUGCCAAGGAUAUUGACCACGGUCAACAACGACUUAUAAGCGCACUGAACAGCUAUGAUCUCUGGAAGCCGGAAUAUACCUCGCUGCUUCACCCAAUACCAGGAGAUGCAGCACAACCGUUUUUUGGGCUAUCACAGUCGGCGUUUGAUAAGUUGGCUAGCUCUGUCCACGCUAUCUGCCACUGCAGCGCCCUUGUUGACUGGAUGCGGCCACUACAAGACUACAUCGGACCAAACAUAACCAGCGCACACGAGGUCCUACGUCUAGCGUCGCGCGGCCAUGUACGCAUGGUGGCGGCGGCAAGAUGGCGCGGGGCAAAGGCCUCGGUUUACCGCGUACCCUUUGUGACUGCGUCCGCAGCGACUGGUCACUUCCGACUUGACCGUGGGGACUUUCUACACAAUCUUAUUGUAGGAAGCCUCGAGAUGGGCGCUUUCCCAUCUCUAAAUGCCAAUCUUUCCGUUGUGCAGCCAGUCGACUACUUGUGCAAAACUAUCGCCACCCUGAUGGUCGAGGAUCGGUCUCAGAUAGGUCAUGACUUUGACUUUGUCAACAAGAACGCAGUCAGUUCUGACUACUUCUUCCGGCUGAUGGGUGGUGAGAGGUGUGAACAUAUUCCCUUUGUAUCAUGGCGGACCAGGGCCCUGGACUAUGCGGCAGCGUACCCAGCGAGCUCCUUAGCACGCAUUGCGGCUGUAGUUGACGGUCUUGUCGAUGCAGAAGCAGUAUCUUCCAUGCUGAAGGGCGCAACUGCUGGAGAGCAUGUCCUUGGUGGUGAUGCAUAUCCCGCCCCUAUCGUGGAUGAAGAAUUGGUCCAGAGGUAUAGAGAUCGGAUUAUGACGAGCCAUCAAUAA